UAAUAAUUAUUAUCUGCUAGCGAAACUACUGAAACAUGUUUGAAUUCGAAGAUUUUUGGGACUCCAAUCCAGACGACGAUGAGUACUACCAAGAAUGCAUCAAUAUUCCGAGCGAAGACGAGGAAUUCUGUGGAGACUUGUUUUAUGGACAGGCAGACUGCGAUGAGAAUUGUUAUGGAGUCCACGAGUUCCACAAUCUGAACGAAAGUGAUGAGCUUUUACUGGGUGAUGACCUUGAAGAAUUCGCAGACUACGAUGAGAAUUUGUAUGCAGUCCAGGACCUCAACCAUCUGAACGAAAGUGAUGAGCUUUUACUGGGUGAUGACCUUGAAGAAUUCGCAGACUACGAUGAGAAUUUGUAUGCAGUCCAGGACCUCAACCAUCUGAACGAAAGUGAUGAGCUUUUACUGGGUGAUGACCUUGAAGAAUUCGCAGACUACGAUGAGAAUUUGUAUGCAGUCCAGGACCUCAGCCAUCUGAACGAAAGUGAUGAGCUUUUACUGGGUGAUGACCUUGAAGAAUUCGCAAAACACGAUGAGGAUUGUUAUGGAGUCCACGAGUUCUACGAUCUGAACGAAAGUGAUGAGCUUUUACUGGGUGAUGAUUUCGAAGAACUCGCAGACUACGAUGAGAAUUUGUAUGCAGUCCAGGACCUCAACCAUCUGAACGAUAACGAUGAAUAUUUUUGCGGAGACUUGUUUGAAGGAUAUGCAGACUACGAUGAGUAUUGUUAUGCACAUCAAGGUCAACAAAAUCUAAACGAAAGCGAAGAAAUGUUAUGUCAACAAUUGAUGGAAAGAUUAAAUGUAGAGACCGUGGCCAAAUCGACCGCACGGAAUAAGCCUGCUGUAAAAACCGAUCCCCCGACUUCUCAGCGCCGUUCCACCAGCGAUGACGCAGCUGUUGGUUCUCAAACGGAAGCUGAACUCGCAUCCUUGAAUGCUAAAUCUGUUUGCAUCGCGAGUGAAGAAACAAAUGGGAAUGUCGCAGAGAACCCAGCAGUAGAACAGUAUCCUCCGACUGCUAAGUACCUUUCCAUUAAGAAUGGUGACGCUGAGACGUUGAUUUUGCAACCAGACUGAUUGAAAUAGUUCAGUGACAACAUUUCAUUAGGGUGAAACUGCUUACAAUGACGUCAACCACCGAUUUCUCGCAGAUAAUAGCUCACGCCUGCAAAUGAACAAUGCCCCAUAAAGAAAACAUUCUUCUACCAGAUGGUGUCGUCAAUUUGCUAGCUAGAGCGUUUGUUCGUGAGGAAUCGGUCAUUGAUUACAAAAACAAUUUCUCCUUUUUGAAAGUUUGGCACUGAAUUGUUU